AUGACAUCCGCUGCCAAAAGGGUGCCCAUUCCCAAAAAUGGCGUCGACUACAGAGGCAAAAUCGUCCUCGCACCUAUGGUCCGCAGUGGCGAGUGUCCUUCACGGCUGCUGGCGCUGAAAUACGGCGCUGACCUGGUCUGGGGACCGGAGACCAUCGACAAGGCUCUCAUCGGCACCACACGGCACGAAAAUCCCAUCACAAAGACAAUCGACUUUACGAGGAUAUCAUCAAAUGGAGCGAAGAACCCUUCCCUCACUCCCGAGCAGAGGGAAAGCAUCAUCUACCGAAUGCAUCCGGAGCGCGAGGGACGAAAGUUGAUAUAUCAGAUUGGAACUGCGAACCCAGAUACCGCGGUCGAGGCAGCAAAGUUGAUCGCGCCACAUGUAGCCGGCAUCGAUGUCAAUGCGGGAUGUCCAAAACCUUUCAGCACCAGUGGCGGUAUGGGUGCAGCAUUGCUAAAGACUCCCGAGAAGCUAUGCUCAAUCCUACGGGCACUGGUGAAGGAUGUAGGUGAGCCAUUCGAGAUUGGCAUUAGCGUCAAGAUCCGCAUCCUGGACACUGCAGAAGAGACUGCCACAUUGGUCAAGCAACUUGUCGCAACAGGCAUCACUGGCCUGACCGUUCACUGCCGCACAACACCGAUGCGACCACGCGAGCGAGCGAUCCGCGACGAGCGCCUCAAAAUGGUGGUCGAAAUUUGCCACGACGCCGGGAUCGCCUGUGUUAUGAAUGGCGACGUCUACAGCCGCGACGAAGCCCUCGAGUUGAUGAAAGAGUUCGGCGCGGACGGAGCUAUGAUUGCCACAGCCGCUGAGACCAAUCCGUCCGUGUUCCGUCCACAGGCUGAAGGCGGGAAAGCUGAGUGGGAAGAAGUCGUCAAGGAGUAUGUCAAGACCUCGCUGGAAGUGGACAAUCGAUGGGGUAACACGAAGUACUUGCUCGGACAGAUGAUUCCGGGUAAGAACAAGGCUUACAAAGGCAUGAUGGCGACGAAGAGCUAUAGCAGUCUGGUCAAAGUCUUGGGGUAUGAGGACCUCGAGACCUUGGCCAAAGAAGUCGACGCGAGACUCGAGAUUGGCGCUUUCGAGAAGCCGAAACUGACCAAGGCGGAAAAGAAGGCGGCGAACAAGGCCUUGGCGAAGCAGAACGGAGAUGAGAAGCCCGAGGAGAAAGCGGAGCCGACACGACCACUUUCUACUACCGCGGCGGGCAUCAAGAGGAAAGCCGAGGAAGCCGAACUGGACAUGCCUCCGGAUGUCGCUCUGCAGCGGGCGCCGGGAAGUGUGUCGGAGCAUGUCUCGCAGUUGGCUGUUUAA